AUGAUGUCAGUUGAGGAAAAAACAAUGGGAACAUCAACGAAUGGUAACUUAAGUGGCAAACGAUUCACCAGAAAUCAGAUAUUGAGACUACUAGGGAAGCUUUUCCUUGGGAUGGGUUUAAUGAUGACCACAGGGACGGUUGUUGGCUAUUGGAUGUUGAAGAGAUGGAUCAUUAAACAAAGAGACCAAAUUAUUAAGUUGCAAAAAAUGCAGAACCAGAUUGCUGGCAGGUUUGAACAAACUAAAGAGGAUAUCUCACAUACUGUUAAUGAAUUGAUACCUGUUAUGCAAUUAGUUUUAGAUAAGAAUGGAAUGAAUUUAGAUAUUUUGUUACAGACUUUAAGAAAUAAUAAUAAUAAUAAUAAUAAUAAUAAUAAUAAUAAUAGUAAUAGUAAUAAUAAUAGUAAUAAUAAUAGUAAUAAUAAUAGUAAUAAUAAUAAUAAGGAUACUAAUGAGGAUAAUGAUAAGGAUAAGAAAAAUGGGGAUAGUGAUGAUGGUGUUUUGAAUAAUAAAAAGAAACUAUGGGAUGAUUUGAAAUAUAAAAGUUUAAUUAAAUUGGUCACCAUAAUUUACAUGAUUACCAACCUUCAAAUUUUGAUAACUAUUCAAUUAAACGUGUUGGCUCGUAGGGAUUAUUUAGAGAGAGCUAUAAAUGAGACUAUAAGGAAUCAGAAUGAAUCGAGCCUAAUAUACUUGACACUGAACAAUGCAUACUCUUGGGUUAAACAGAGAAUAUGGUACGGAUCUAAUAAUAUGGAUUCGGGUACAAAUACACAGUUGGGUAGGGACAAAAUCACAUAUAUUAAUGAACAAGGGUAUUUAUCCAUUUCAUGGUGGUUAAUCAAUCGUGGAUGGGAAGAAUAUUAUAAAUUGAUUGAAAAUGUUGUAACUAUUGAGUUGAAUGGAUUAGAUGUCAAAGACCGGAUAACAAAAUUAGAGUUUAACUCUAUAUUAGAAAGAAUAAGAGAAAAUAUAAAUUUAAAGAUUGGUCCCUUAACCAGAACAACAACUACCACUAAUACUAAUACUACUAUUACUGCUGAUAAGAGAAGUAAUAAUAAUGAUGUUGCUACUGCUGCUGUUACUACUACUUGUAUUGUAUUGGAAGAUGUCAUGUUACCAGAUGAAUCAAUGGAAGCGUAUACUUUACAACAACUUUUAGACGAUGAGUCCAUGGCAUUAUUAUAUUCUGAGGACAAUGGUGAUGAUAGUAAGAAUAACCGAAAGUUAAUAAGUGAAUUGUUGAGUGAGACUCGAGGGUAUCUAAAGAUGAGAGGGGUUCAUAAAGUGGUGGAAUCAAUCACUGAGAGUUUAUUCAAUAUAGUCAAAGAAUCCAUCGACAAGAAAAUAGACAAUAAAUCUAAGAUGACAAAGAAGAAGGGCCAGAAUAAGAAGUCAGAACAAGACGGUGUUGAUCAAUUUACUGAAAGUAUGAGCAAAUACCCUGUGGCUAUGUUUGCAUUAGCUGCCAAGGAAUGUUGUAUGGAACUAUUAUCGUUACCCAAUGACUAUCAUAUUAUAAUUGAUACAAUAUCACAAACAGGAGAUUUGAAGACGUUUGCCAGUUGUGUAUAUAGUAAUUAUGAAAUAUAA